UCUGUUUUUUUUUUAAAAAAAAGUAAAAAUGAUAAAAUAUUGACUCCAAUGAUGGCUGCUGAGGGCUAUGAUGUAGAUGUGCUUUAUGAUAUUUCAAAUGAUUUCUACUGUAUGAUAUGUUUGAAGCUGAUGAGGAAUCCUGUUCAGUUCAAAUGUGGGCAUGGAAUGUGUUGUCCUUGUUACAAGAAUCUUGCGAAGAAAAGCAGACAAAGAUCAAGAGAUGAUCCAAGUUGUCCACAGUGUCGUGAAAUUAUUAGGGAUAAUCAGGUUGUAUCAAAUGUAAUGUUACAUCGUUUGAUUUUGACAUUAAAAGUGAAAUGCUCUAACAAAGACGAUUGCCAUUGGUUUGGUGAGCUGGGAGAUUUGGAUGAUCAUCUGCAGCAAUGUGUUGUCAAAGACUCCAACAUCAGAAGUGUGCCUUUUCAUAGAAGACAGCCUAAACAUUUUGCAACUAGUGAAUCAAUUCAGAAUGAUUUGUUAUUGAUGAUUGCUGAACAAGUAUCCUCUCUCGAAACCAAAUUAAAUGGACUUGCACAAAAACAGAAUGAUUCUUCCAUAAAUUCAAAACAACACCAAGAAAAACAAAAAGAUUUAACCAGAUUGAAACAUGAAAGAAAGGAAAGCUCUUCAAGGGUAAACAUUGCACAUGCAACUCCUGACAUUGUGCAGAAGCUUAAAUCAUUUAUGAACAUUAACAAUGAAAAUUUCAAAACUUACUUAACCUUGCUUUUUAUUGUCCUUCUUGUGUCACUGUUUUGUAUCACAGCAUCAGUUUUUCAUUCAAUGGACAACAACAGCACAGAUGAUUCUCAAAGCAAAGAUUCAACUUUCAAAUAUUUUGAUAAUGUGUUACAAGAGAUGUCUCAAAAGUUCAACGGUUAUGCAUUUGAUGUUAAAAAUGUGGGUGAACUGUUGAAUUUUAUUGUACAACAAUACCUCUAUGAUAUACGUUUGAAAGAAGAUGAAUAUAUGAAUCGAAUCAGUUUGUUUUACUCCAAACAGAAUAGAACUAUAAACAAAUUAGAAAGACACUUUAGUGAAAUUCUUGAUCAGUCGAGCAAAGAAAUCAACAAAAAUAUUACGUUAUAUGACCAUCAAGCAAAAUUGAAGUCAUCUGUUGAAAAUGUUGCUUCAUUACAGCCCCUUCUUCAUAGCACUGCGUCAUACUUAAACAAGAAGAUUUUUUCAGACCUUAAUGAUUUAGAAUAUGAAGCCAUGGUGAACAUUCAAUCUGAAGUAAAACAGAUUAAAUAUGAUCUGGAAAUUCUACACACAAAACUUAACUUUCUUUCCAAACAGAAAUAUCUUGAUAAACAAAGAAACAAACAAGUUUUCAGUUUACUUAAAGAAAUGUUGAAGAAUGUAACUGAAACAUAUCAUAGAAUCAACCAAACUAAACUGAUGCAAGUUGUUCAACGUGAAAUAGACCUUGUCAAGUUUAAAUAUGACACCCUAUUGGCUGGUUACUAUGCCAAUAUAUCAAUAGCAUUUUCCUAUGAAGUACGUUUCCAUGGAGUAAUGUCUCUACUUCAAAAUCUCAACAUCAGUAAUGGUGCAUUUAUUUGGCAAAUUAACACCCCAAGCAUGUUAGAUUUAGAUAACCAACAUGCAUUCUUCUCACCGAUGUUUACACCAAUCCCUCAAAUUCAAGCAAGAUUGCUUCUAUACAAGGAUGAGACAAAAGAGGGCUAUUGGAAGUUGACAUACAUUCAACAUCAAUCUACAGCUGUUUCCAUUAGAGUUUUAAUUUUAAAUCCAAAGUACGAAGAACAACUACUUUGUUCUGACAGCUUGAUUGGUGAACUACAGAACAAUAGCACCGCAAAAGUCAACAAAUACUUCAGCAUACCACUUACGGUUGAAGAAAUGAAAAGCAAAAGUUUUAUAUACAAAAGUAAUAUGUUUAUUAAAACCAUUGUAACAUUAAGUUAAUUGAUAUAUAUUAAGGAUUUUACUGCAGUGGUCAAUGGAGGCUUUCUUGAUUUUUUCUCUGUCUUUUUUCAUUAUCUCAAACAGUUGCCCUAAAUAUUAUACAUCAUCCACCAUGCAUUGUUGAAAAUUUCAACUUAUGUUAACUUAUGCUUAGCUAUCAUUUCAAAUAUUUAUUUAUUUAUUGUUAGAUAAUAAUGUGGUGUAGGAUGUUAUUUAUGUAAGUAAAAUUUAAAACAUUAUUUCUAUUAUACACUAUUUUUUAUUAUACAUAAAAUUAUUUUAUUUAAUAUUUUGUUAUAAAACUGCACACUGUAUAUUACUAUAUUAUUCUAUAUAAUAUUUUUGAUGCAAUUUUCUGAAGGUUAGCAUUUCACCUGUUUCUUAUUGCUUUUUUCAACAUUUCUAAUUGUUUUUGAAUUUCUUGUUGGUGAUGGUAUUUCAAAACAUUUAUUACACGACACAUUGUUUUAUUAGCUGUAUAGCAACUGGAUGAGAUUUUAUGAAAGAUAAUAUAUACAAAACAUUUUUUGUGUGUUUAAUUAUAUAUUUAUAUAUUUGUGGCGAUUGUAUAUUUCUAAGUGACGCUAAUAUUUAUUUUAUUUAUUCUAACAUACACAAAACGAUAUGAUGUACUUUCUUGCCAAUGAUGACAAUGGUUGCUAAUUUUGGUUAAAGAUUUUGGUUAAGGAUUCAAUGUAAUCCUGGAUGUCCCUAAUGCUUCAAAAAUUUGUCAAAAAUAAUAAAAUAUAAAAUAUUUUAAUAUUAGGCUUAUUUCUUAAAUGUGUGAAUGGUUUUUCAUAUAGGCUGUAAUUUAUGUAUUGGA